GAACAAUGCAUUUUAUGCCGUUGAAUGAGACUUUUAUUGUGUAAAAACAAGCAGUUUUUGACCUUUCGCAGCACUUCCUGUCUGUCCCGCCGUGUCUGAGGGCUUUUAUCAGUGAGAAUUCAGACUCCAGUCCAGUCAGAUCCAGAGCUCCUGCUGUUUCUAUGAUCCCUGGGUCACUUCACAGCAUCAAUGGCUGAUCAUGUGGAAAAUGCUGUCAAUAAUGUGUCAAACGACGGGACGGAGGUCAACCGGCACACUGAGACGACUCCCAGCCGUAACGAGGUGGAGCUGAACGGACAGCCGCCCACUGCACGACCCCCGCAGGUGCUCACAGACAGCGAGGAGGACGAGGACGAGGAGCUGACUCUCAAGUAUGGAGCCAAGCAUGUGAUCAUGCUGUUUGUUCCCGUCACGCUGUGUAUGGUGGUGGUUGUGGCGACCAUCAAAUCGGUCAGUUUCUACACGCAAAAGGACGGCCAGCAGCUGAUCUACACUCCGUUCCGUGAGGACACAGAGACGGUGGGUCAGCGUGCACUGAACUCCAUGCUCAACGCCUUCAUCAUGAUCGGAGUGAUUCUGGUCAUGACUCUGGUGCUGGUGGUGCUCUACAAGUACAGAUGCUACAAGGUGAUUCAAGCCUGGCUGUUCUUCUCCAACCUCCUCCUCCUCUUCUUUUUCUCCUUAAUUUAUUUGGGGGAAGUGUUCAAGACGUACAAUGUGGCCAUGGACUACUUCACGCUGGCCGUGAUCAUCUGGAACUUCGGUGUGGUGGGAAUGAUCUGUAUCCACUGGAAGGGUCCGCUGCGGCUCCAGCAGGCCUAUCUGAUCAUGAUCAGCGCUCUCAUGGCCCUGGUCUUCAUCAAGUACCUGCCGGAGUGGACCGCCUGGCUCAUCCUCGCUGCUAUAUCUGUCUACGAUCUGUUGGCAGUGUUGUGCCCGAAAGGACCUCUGCGUAUCCUGGUGGAAACAGCUCAAGAGAGGAAUGAAACCAUCUUCCCUGCUCUCAUCUACUCCUCAACCGUGGUGUGGCUGUUUAAUAUGGCGGACAGCGCUGAGACCGGGAAUAAUUCCAGCCAUCCAGUUCCUCAGCAGGAGAACCAGGUUGCCAUGGCGCCCACGGCUCAGCCGGAGGAUGAUGGCGGUUUCACACCAGCGUGGGUCAAUCAGCAGCAGCAUCAGCUCGGCCCCAUGCAGUCCUCUGAGGACAGCAGACGAGAGAUCCAAGAGUUGCCCUCCGCACGCCCGCCACCUGUGGAAGACGACGAAGAGCGGGGUGUGAAGCUGGGUUUGGGAGAUUUCAUCUUUUACAGUAUGCUGGUGGGUAAAGCAUCAGCUACAGCCAGCGGUGACUGGAACACGACAAUAGCCUGCUUUGUGGCCAUUCUCAUCGGUUUAUGUCUAACUCUGCUCCUCCUGGCGAUCUUCAAAAAGGCCCUUCCAGCUCUCCCCAUCUCUAUAACCUUCGGCCUGGUCUUUUACUUUGCCACCGAUAACCUUGUGCGGCCGUUCAUGGAUCAGCUGGCUGUUCAUCAGUUCUACAUUUAGCACGGAGGAGAGGUCACUCCUCAUGCACUUCACUUUACAGCUAAUUCCCAGAAUCCUCUUGCAGGGAAAGUGAACCCUGUAGACUAGCCCACCUUUCCUCUUCCUCUGGACACAUGAUUGGAUUCGCUGUUUUUGGCAUUGAAUGACUCUUUAUUAAUUACAGUGCCUGUCCAGCGACUCAUCUGAUCCUGAUAUUUGCUUUGGUAACUUCUUCGGGCGAUAUGCCGAACAUUUGUUUGCUUGGAGAAAACACAGACCAUCUUACAUGUAAGAAUGGAUGAAAGUGAUCAUAACUUUAUCACUUUGAUGAACUCUGGUGUAUGGAAUGGGACCAGAGCUUGCUUUGUCCACCAGAUCUUGGAUUCACUUUCUAGGCAUUACGUUAAUUCCAGCUCCGAUAUAGUGAGCAUUAACCCAAAGCUCUCUGAAUGAUAUGGCUGCACGCACAGAGGUAGGUACUGAUCACUUUUAUUGGUCUUCUGAGGGUGCCUGUGAUACUUUGAGUUUUCAUUUUUAACACCAGCUGAGUCCAGCCAUUUGACCAUAUUUGAGACGAUGUUCUGGGCUACUCUAGCAUUAAAUCAAGUGCUGAUCCAAGCUACUGUUUUGCUCUCCUGAAAAGUGUGAGAGCGUCAUUUUGGAAUCUAUAAACGUUCUUUUUAAUUUCCUACGUGUUUGGACAAGAUGUCAGGAGACUGUGUGGGAAUUGUUUGUUUGUUAAUUUUUUGUUGUUGUUUUGUUUCUUUUCUUUUUUAUUUACCAGCACAAUGGUUGAUGAAUGACUUUUACUUUCAUAUUACCCACACCUUUUGUCAUUUCAAGAAAAUGGAAAUGUUUUGUAACUAAAUUGAAAGAUUCACAAAUAAAAGGGUUGCUCAUUUGAGCAAAUUUCAGUCU